AUGGCAGACGGUGGACAAAGACGCAGAGGGGAUCUCCGUCGGAUUGUUUUAUGCGUCUCCUUGCUGUUGUCUUUCGGGGAGCGGAUUUCUGCCCAAAUCAGGUACUCGGUGGCGGAGGAGGCGAAACAGGGGACAACUGUCGGUAAUAUUGCAAAGGAUUUAGGAAUAGAUGCAAGUAGCUUAGUCGAGCGACGCUUUCGAGUCGUGUCUGGAUCUAAAGACGCUCUGUUUCAGGUUAACCAGAACAAUGGCGUGCUGUAUGUUGAAAAGGAAAUCGACAGGGAGGCGUUGUGCGAUGGUACUGAAGCUUGUGUCAUAAAUGUGAAGCUUGCCGUAGAAAAUCCUUUAGAAAUACAUCACGUUGCAGUGGAAAUAACGGAUAUUAAUGAUCAUUCUCCUACUUUUGCUGACAAAGAAACGAGUUUAGAAAUUUCAGAGAGCACAAACCCUGGUGUCCGUGUUCAACUCCAAACUGCGCAUGAUCCGGAUACUGGGGCGAAUGGUGUCCGACUGUAUAAAUUAAGUCAAAAUGAACAUUUUGGAUUAGAAAUUAGAGAUAGAGGAGAGGAUAAACUCCCCUUCAUAGUAUUACAGAAACCCCUCGACAGAGAGCGCAAAGCUCAACACAAAUUGGUUCUGACGGCUAGUGAUGGAGGCACUCCACCAAAAACAGGAAAGCUUAAUAUAACAGUGUCUGUGCUGGAUAAUAAUGACAACCCUCCCGUCUUCAGCCAGGAUGUAUAUUCCGCAACACUGCAUGAAAAUGUGGCGGCUGGAACAAAAGUUAUAAAAGUAUCCGCAACAGAUUUAGACGAAGGGACAAAUGGUGAUGUAAUAUAUUCAUUUGGAAGUCAUGUAAACUCGAAAAUAUAUGAUAUGUUCAGUUUAGACAGUAAUACGGGUGAUAUACUUGUAAAAGGUCAAUUAGAUUUUGAGCAAAAUAGUGUGUACAAAUUGGAUGUCCAAGCUUCUGACAGUGGAACACCCCCUAUGGCCGCAGACUGUAGAGUUAUCAUAAAAAUACAAGACGUGAAUGACAACCAGCCAGAGAUAGAUGUGACGUCUCUUUCUAACGUGGUUUCUGAGGACAGUAAACCAGGAACUGUCAUUUCCCUCAUUAGUGUGACAGAUGAGGACUCGGGUCUAAAUGGCAAAGUGCAGUGCACCAUAUCUGAAAACGUGCCAUUUGAAUUGAAACCCUCAGUUCAAGACAACAUGUAUUCACUGGUGACAAAAGAACGUUUAGAUAGAGAGGUCCAGUCCCAUUAUGACAUCACAAUAAAAGCGGUCGAUUUUGGACAGCCCCCUCUAUCAACAUUUAAAACUUUAAAUAUUGAUGUAUCCGAUGUAAAUGAUAACAGCCCAGAAUUCCCCCAAAAUCCUCUAGAAUUGUACUUAUUCGAAAAUAACGCAGCAGGUGCGUCAAUUUUCUCUGUCUCUGCAUUUGAUAAAGAUGUAAAUGAAAACGCAGACAUCAAAUAUAACAUUGUCAGAGGAGAUGGAUCUAAGACAGACAUGUCUUCUUUUCUCAACAUCAACCCUGAUAACGGGCACAUACACGCACUCAAGAGCUUCGACUACGAAACUUUGAAAAAGUUUACAUUUCAUGUGCUAGCCACUGACUCUGGCAGUCCGUCCCUUAGUGCCAACGCCACAAUAAAUGUGUAUAUUCUGGACCAGAACGACAAUCCUCCCGUUAUCUUGUCCCCAGUCAGUUCUAACGGCUCUGCUGAGGGUGUGGAGGAGAUCCCACGCAAUGUAAACGGAGGACAUUUAGUGGCUAAAGUUAGGGCCUAUGACGCAGACACUGGAUACAAUGGAUGGCUACUGUUUUCUCUCCAUGAAGUAACUGACCACACUUUAUUCAGUCUGGAUCGCUAUACGGGACAGAUAAGGACUAUGCGAGCAUUCACGGAAACAGAUGAGGCUGAGCACAAACUAGUUAUUCUUGUCAAAGACAAUGGGAACGUUUCUCUUUCAGCAACCGCCACCGUAAUUGUAAAAGUUGUGGAACCAAAAGAAGCGUUUGCAGCAUCUGAUCUGACAACAGCCGUUAACGACGAGGAAGACAACGUCACUUUCUAUUUGAUCAUAACUCUGGGCUCUGUCUCGGUGCUUUUUGUAAUCAGCAUCAUCGUCUUGAUAGCUAUGCAGUGCUCAAAGUCCACAGACUACUCGUCCAAAUACUUGCAGGACACGAACUAUGAUGGAACUUUAUGCCACAGCAUCCAGUACAGAUCUGGAGACAAGAGGUACAUGCUGGUUGGACCCAGAAUGAGUAUCGGUUCCACUAUAGUUCCUGGCAGCAAUGCAAAUACUCUGGUUGUUCCUGAUCGCAGGAGUAGAACUUCAGUAGAGAUGGUGCUACAGAACGGCGGUGCGCCUGGAAAUGCUUACAAAAAUAGCUGA